CCAGCUCACUUUCCAUUCAGCUCCAGCUCACUCACACACACACAUAAGCACCCGAGAGCUGCCAAAAGAUUGCUCAGCAUUUUGCAGAGAGAGAGAGAGCGAGAGAGAGAGAGAGCGAGAGAGAGCGAGAGAGAGAGUCUGAGUCAGACUGUACCUCAAAUUCAAACCCUACUCUUGUAGCGUGUUGUACUCUCCGAGCCAGACAGCAUGUCAGCGUUAAGGAUUGUCCAGGUGGUGUGUAUGGUGGUUUUGGCGAGUGUGGUGAUGCCUCAGGUUUUUGGCGAGGACUACGAGGACAGCUACUCCGACCUGUACUACAAUGUGAUCGGCAAUGGAGAGCAGGAUGAAGCAGACACCCCCACCACCAGCCCAGCCAGUCCCUGCACAGUUCCUGAGUUCAGCAAGUGGGACAAGCUCUUCACCAUGCUGGAGAACUCUCAGAUGAAGGAGAACAUGCUGCUGCAAUACUCAGACGACGUCGUGAAAGUAGGCCUGCAGUCUCUGCGAGCCGAGGUGCUGGAGAUCGUAGCGCAGAACAGCAGAUCCUGCGCGGCCGCCGUAGAAAGCUCGACGCGCCGGGCCGCUGCGCAUGCUGAGCAGAAACUUCUGCAGGCCCUGGAACAUGUGCAGGAUGCCGUGGCACAUCAUCAGGCACAGUAUGAUGCAACGCUCGGGCAGAUCCUGGAGGCGUCUCGGGAACAGGUGACACAGCUGGAUAAGGUGGAGCAAAACUGCGUACAUGACCAAGUUAAGAAUUUCCAGACCAGAGAUGCGAAAAAGGAAGACAGAAGACAGCUGCAAGCCAUCGCUUCUGAGCUGCAAAUCAUACAAGAGAAGCUGAGCUUCUUCGCAAGAGCCACAGCUGGACAAGCGCAGCCAGCAGGUUGCGACAUGGCCCUCUUCUUCCCUAUGCGCUCUCCAAAGAUGCAUGCCGAAGUCAUUCCCGAGCGCUCCAUGAAGACUCAUUCUGUCACCGUAUGCCUGUGGAUUAAACCAACCCAAAUGUUCAACAAGACCGUGCUGUUCUCAUAUGGCACCGUGUCCAACCCGCUGGAGUUGCAGCUGCUGCUCAAAGGACGUAACGCCCACUUCACGGUCGGAGGUGAAGCUCAUUUAGUGGAGGCACGCCGUGCUGCAACCGAGGGAUUGUGGGGACAUUUGUGUGGGACCUGGAGCUCUGAGCAUGGCCUGGCAUCGCUGUGGGUAGACGGCCACAAAGCAGCAAGUUCUCCAGGUGUAGCAGAGGGACACGAGAUUCCUGCCGACGGCGUCACCAUCCUGGGCCAGGAGUACACCGGCGAUGGUCUGGCCAAAAGGUUCGGCGUCCAGGAUACUAAAGCAGGAGAGCCGUUCACAGGGAAGCUGAGCGGCGUUAAUGUGUGGGACCGCGUCCUGGAUGAGAAUGAGAUUUUGGAGCAGGCACAGGAGGACGGGAUGAGCUGCGGUUCCCGUGGCAACCUGGUGGCCUGGGGCGUGUCUCAGAUCCUGGAAAAAGGAGGCGUCAAACUCAUCUACUAAAAAAAAAAAUCCUGCACCAAAUCUUCUCUCUUUUACACACUCACAAUAAUAGCUCUCUGUACUACCACAUUACCACAUCCUGCAAAGAUCAACAAAACCGACUCGCUUCUAAGGCCACUGUCUUUUCCAAUAGAGUAACAGUCUGCAUUUUUCUGAGCAUAGGGACAACGUUCUCACUCCGUCAACCCGAAGACAGCCUGUGUAUCCGUAUCGUAUUUAUCCGAAUGUUUACAUUCAGCUAAAGUUUUUGUCCCAUAAUCUUUUGAAACUACGUCAUGUUUUUUUUUUUUUUUUUUAAAUGAAGUAGAUCGUUUUUCAUUUCUUGCUAAAGGAGCUGUGUAAAAUGUUUACAAAGUCUCUUAGGAGACUUUACCUUGGAUCUGUUAAUGUGAGGAAAUGUACUAUACUGUAUUUUUGUUAAUGAAAUGAAAACCUAUAUUGUAUAUAGAUCUUUUUUUUUUCUAUUAAUAAAGGUGUGAAUAGGUGGAGUUUAAUAAAUAAAACUGUUAAAUAUAGUA